AUGGGUCUUUUUGACAAGCUGCGACGAAGCUCACGGCGAAGCUCACGGCGAAGUAACCGGGAAACCACCGACCCGCCAUCGCCCCGCGUUAACGUGUCUGGCCGAGAUUACACCCAACAGCUACCUCGGCCAGUAUUGACACGCAUUUUCUCCUUUGUUUGUCCUCACACCGUCGACAACACAUAUGGUACCUCCGAGGAAUCCGCCAGCGAUGGCUGUAUGCUGUGCGACAUGCGCGACCUGGCGCACUGCACCCUCGUGAACAAGCGGUGGUUUUUGAAUGCGCGGGCGCUUCUUUACACCAACGUCCGAAUCGACCCUGUCCAUUACUGCGAACUCGAAAUCGAAUUAGCCGCCAAGCGAAAACGCCGCUCGUUCUUUGACCGCAAUGGCGAUCCCAUCGAUGCCCCGCAGGUCCGUCUGGAAAUGUUUAUGCGAACGGUGCGAGACUCACAGGGGCUAGGAAAUAUGGUGUUAUCGCUCCGAAUGCCAUACAUGACCCGUGAGGCCAACAAAGCCAACGUGGCCCGCACUAUCUCCGUUCUUCCUAAUCUCCGGUUUGUUGACCUGCCGGUCGGUUUGUACAGCGACGAGCCGUCAUGUCUACCCUUGAAACAGGAGUUGAUGGCCCGAUGCCCUGAGCUGCGUCGCAUGGCCUAUCGCCAAGGCGCCGAAGGCAGUUUCGCACGUCUACCGGGAUCCCAACUAUGGAUGAAUUUGGAGGUGCUGGAGCUAUCUGGGGUUCAAAUGGAGGCUAGUACUCUGCGCAACGGACUCGCUUCAUUCCCCGUCUUCUCUCUUACCCUUCGCAACACCCCUAAUGUCACGGCAAGCGGGCUUGCCGUGUUCCUUUCCAUACCAGCGAACAAGGCGACUUUGGGAGCUUUGAUUUUAUCUUCUACUGGCGUUGCCCCGUCGCAACUACAUUAUAUUCUUUCCGCCGCUCCGCGGCUUGAGAGCCUUUCUGUCGUUCAGGAGGUGACUCGCUCGUUCCCCGUGGAGCAGGUACCUCCCAUGGCGUCGAAGUCGCUGCAUCUCCUACACUAUGAACUCACAUCUCAACCCGAUAAUCAUGGAAUGCCACCAGUGGUAUCCUCAUACUAUACCUACCUUAUUUCGUCAUUGGUGUCGCGAACCUUACCAGCCCUUCGGGAUUUAUAUGUCCGUGAUUCCUCAUUCCCUGAUACACUGUUGCUCAUGCCCCCACCCCGACUCUUCGGCGGUGGUGAAAGUGGGCCCCAGAUGCGGGGAGGUCUUUCGCAGCCCCUGAAUGUGUACAGCAAGGGUUUGGAUGAGUUUGAGUGGAAUUUCACCCCGUACGACCCCAGCCCGAUGGCCGGACGUCGCGACUCAAGGACGCGCCCCGUGAGCUUCCACGAGGCCCAGCUCAACCGGUCUUGGGGCGGUGAUGCUCGCAAGAGCGUGCUUGUCGGGAACGGGUUCGGAGGGUUCCUGGCUGUUCCGGCUGAUGAAGAGCGGCCUAUGAGUAGUCACGGACACCAAAGGCGGUCGAGUAGACAGGAUAUAUGGCGGUGA